AUGACCGUCCAAACCACCCUCAAAAACAACAGAAGAUCAAUGUGGGUCUACAAUCCAGCGCCAAGGAGAGUAAUAGGUGAUCCAUUGUACGUUGGGAACCCUAAAGGUGGUGCAGAUAUAAGUUGUCCUUCGGUAUACCACCAUACUCCGGCCUUCCUCCAAUUGUGGUACCCAGACCCAUACCAAAUUGUGAUGGAAUCGCUUCAUACUUUUUCACUCAGCCAAUUUGAUACCAUCUUGAAGAUUGUAUUUGACAUUUUUAAAAGAAAAAAACUGGCACUAUUAUCCAUGAUUGAAGGUAUUAAAUGUCCCGAAGUUGGCUCAAAGACAGUGAAGUGGAGUAACGGUGGUAAGAAAACCGAGGAGGAGUACAACCUCGCCAUUAAUUGUAUUCUUAUGUUGAGUACUACCCUGGUUUUCGAUGAAGGUGCCAAUUUUCCGCUUGUUGAUGCACGGGAAAAAUUGCACAAUCUCAAGACAUUGUUGUUGAAUUAA